UUUGAAUAUUGACAUAUGCCAGGGUGGGGUUAUGCCGCUUGAAAAACAAAAAGAAUUUAACCUGAAGAAAUUGAUUACAGAUAGAUUACAUCGAGCAAGGAUUUUUCUUUUUUUCAAUCACCUGAUUCUCCCUUUCCUAGAGGGAGCAGUAUUGUAGUAUCUAUCUGAUUAUUGUCUUUAUUUGAAUAUCUUGAGGAAUUGGCUUUGAUAUUCCUUGUUGCUUUGUACACUUGACAGAAUGUAGCAUUUCUUUGUUCGGGUAGAAUGAUUUAUCUCUUGUUUCUUAUCUGGAUCGUCGCCAAUUCAAGCUUUGCACAACAAUACUAUGACCCGUCUGCUUGUCUAUCCAAUACGAGUUAUCCAGGUUCAAGGUACACCUGCAGUUCUAAUCAACAGUCAUGCAAAACAUUCUUGGUCUACAGAGCCAACCAACAGUUUGGAGUCCAGAAUCUGCUGAAUAUCUCUGCCUUGUUUCGGAGGAAAUCUGGUGAGUUGCUUGACUUGAACAACAUAGCUUCACCUUUAGAAACUCUCAAACCAGGUAGAGAAGUACUUGUUCCUAUAAAUUGUUUGUGCUCUGGACAAUACUUUCAGGCAAGUUUAAGCUACAUAGUCCCUGAGAGAACAUCAUAUUCGGAAAUUGCUUGCGGAGUUUUUGAAGGCCUGUUGAAGUCCUUAACCCUGCUCCAGGAAAAUCCAUCUCAAGGGAAUGAUGUCCAGAAUGGUGUUCAGCUUAAUGUACCUUUGAGAUGUGCCUGUCCUGAUAAUUUUACAGGUGCUGGCAGAGUAAAAUAUCUUGUGACAUACCCUCUUCUGGAAGGAGAUGGAACAACUCCACUAAGUGAGAAAUUUGGAAUCUCUGUUGAAGAUUUAUUGGCAGCCAAUCAUUUGGAAUCUAUGUCAACUAUUUUUCCUAACACAACUGUUCUAGUUCCUCUGAAAUCAGAUCCUAAAAUAAAUCUCACUAUCCCAGAUUCUCCACCUCCAACUCCUCGUUUUCUUCCCACCAUCACAGUUGAAAAAAGAAAGAAUACAAAAUUGAGGAACUUGUAUAUUGCAGGAUCAAUUGUUGGGUUUUUCCUGGUAGGUGUAGCAUUGCUUGUUUGUGGAUUGUAUGUGAAGGUCUUAAAGAAAUGGAAGGGAGAGAAACUACAGUCUUUUACUGAUAGAAACUCUAUACUUUCAUGUUCAACAGCCAGAAGCUCUCCUCUAUCUGGCCAAACUGGUAGAAGCUCUCCUCGAUCCGGUCAAACUGGUAGAAGCUCUGCAAAUUCAUGUUUAUCGCCUGAUCUUCUAGCUGGGAUUAAAUUUUCUUUGUACAACUAUGGCAUUGAGGAUAUAAAAAAAGCAACAAAUGACUUCAAUGAAGAUAACAAGAUUGGAGAGCAAGUCUACAAGGGGUUGAUUGACAAUGCUGAAGUCAUGAUCAAGCAAAUGAAAUUUGAAGACACUCGCCAGGUUAUAGAUAUGCAUUCUAAGAUCAAUCACAUUAAUAUUGUGAAUCUCCAUGGUGUUGGUUACGGUGAAAAUGACUUUUGCUGGUCAUAUCUGAUUUUUGAACUCCCUAAAAAUGGUUGCUUAAGGGACUGCUUAUCAAAUCAGUCUAAUCGUCUCCACUGGAGUCGCAGGACUCAAAUAGCUUUUGAUAUAGCAACCGGUCUUCACUACUUACACUAUUGUAUUUUCCCAUCCUAUGCUCAUUUGAGUGUCAAUAGCAGGAAUAUUUUUGUAACAUCAAAGUGGAGGGCAAAGCUAGCAAAUAUUGGAUCAACUCUUGCUGUCAGCUUACGGAGAAUGAAUGACGACAUCGUUACUGUCAAUGGAUGGGUUGCUCCAGAGUACCCAGCGCACGGAUCAGCUUCUGAAAAGGUGGAUAUUUUUGCAUUUGGAGUUGUUUUGCUUGAGCUGAUUUCUGGAAGAGAGGCCACAGAAGGAAAUUUGUUGAAAGACUCAAUUGGAUUUUUGGGAGGGGGAGCAAGUGAAGGAGGUUGUUUUGAACAACUGAGGAGCUUCAUUGAUCCAUCUCUGAAAGAGGAUUAUCUCCUAGCUGAAGCUUUAUGUUUAGCAGUUUUAGCCAAAGCGUGCAUAGAGGAUGACCCUCUCCGUAGGCCAUCAAUGGAUGACAUCAUCAAAGUUCUUGGAAGAAUGGUAUAAUGAUAAGAAAAUGAUCAAGAAGCAUUCGACCAUUCUAUUCUCUGCCAGGAAUUUAAUUUUUUGUUUGUUAAUCUUCUUGAUGCUAGCUUGCAGAUAUAAUCAUCAAAUGUUUUCCCCAAAAAAACCCAUUAGCCAAUGAAAUCUUGAAAUUCUAAGCAUCUUUCUAGUUUACCUAAGUUUUCAGACAAUGCGAUUUCGUUGAUAUGUUUGUGCUAAAAAUGGCUUUGAGGAUAUGUACUUACAAAAUCAAGACAUCAAGACAAAGGUGGUCAAAAGUGGCUUUGGCCUUUGUCGUACAUGUUGGCCUGUCACUAUCAACAAGCUCCACAUUAUUUAAAGAUCAUGAACCACAAACAACUUACAUGGCAGUUUCAUUGUCUUGAUAUGAAUAAGAUCUUGCAAUUAACAGGGAACA